CCUCUCCUCCUCUCUCCCUGACCUGACAGGUGGAGUGUCCGAGAGAGAGAGAGUUGAGAGGUGGGAGCCAGCCAGCCAAGCCGGGUCUCCCCUUCCUUCCUCUUCGCUCGCACACCACCAGCCAGGACAGGCUAGCGCAGCCGCCGAGCUCUCUGCUGGAUCCUCCACCCGCUACGGAGCUACUCUCCUCUCUCGUCUAGUGGAGUGGGACUCGAGAUCCAUCCAUCCGGCCCGGACGUGGGUGGGUUCGUUUCUUCUUCCCCUUUGUUGGCUUAAGGUAGAAAGAUUUAACUGAGCGAGCGAUGGACAACCUGUGGCAUCUUGGAGAUGAGCUCCGUGGGCAACCAAAGGUGGUGGAGGACCGCCAGUGGUCUCUCAUGACGUCGAAGCUGGCUGAGAUUACCAAGUUCAAGGGCGAGAGGGUGAAUGACCUUGACUAUGCGCGGAUGAACACUGUCCCUGAUGUCAAGCAAUGGGAUAAGAUGUCCUAUCACCACGAUGAGAGCAGGAUGGACCAUCUCAAUCUUGGCCUCAUGAAUUUGGAUCUUAAAAUGAAUGAUCUGAAGAUGAAUGAGGCUGCCAUGAAGAACCCAUUCCACAACAUGUCCUGUAACAUGAAUCCAAUGUACCCCAAGGGAAGCAAUGGCAAUGUCAAUGCGUUCAAUAUGAAUGUUGGGGUGAACAAAUAUUUGAAUACUCCAAAUGGGAAGGAGGCAAAUGGAAAAAACAAUGGUGGUAACAGCAAUGGAAGCAACAGCAACAGUAACAGCAAUGGAAACAGCAACAGCAAUUCUGCCAUUGACAAGCGCUUCAAGACAUUGCCAACAAGUGAGAUGCUACCAAGGAAUGAAGUUCUUGGGGGAUACGUCUUUGUCUGCAACAAUGAUACCAUGCAGGAGGAUCUCAAAAGGCAGCUUUUUGGUUUACCAGCAAGAUAUCGUGAUUCAGUCCGAGCAAUUACUCCUGGUCUACCUCUUUUCCUCUACAACUACACGACUCAUCAGCUUCAUGGGGUAUUUGAGGCUGCCAGUUUUGGUGGGUCUAAUAUCGAUCCCACUGCAUGGGAGGAUAAGAAGUGUAAAGGUGAAUCCAGAUUCCCAGCACAGGUGAGGAUCCGCAUUAGAAAGCUUUGCAAGCCGUUGGAAGAGGAUUCCUUUAGGCCAGUUUUGCACCAUUAUGAUGGCCCAAAGUUUCGCCUUGAGCUCUCCAUUGCAGAGACCUUGUCGCUGCUAGACCUGUGCGAGAAGGAAGGCAUUUGAGCUGGUGCAGAGGUGGUUGCCUUGAGUUUUUAGUAAAUAUCAUCCUUGUAUGUUUUGUGGAUGGUGGUUGGCAAUGUUGUUUAAGCGCAAUCUGUUGGUUUCUUUUUCCCUGGAAGGAAGGAAAGAAGGACCUGGUACUUGGAAGGCCCCUCUAAAGCUGUGAGCCUGCCUGCUUGUACGUUGUGUCGUCCAAAACCAAUCAGUCUUGGAUAUGUGUGUAUGUUUUGCUACUUAAUUGCGUGUCGUAGUAGAGUAUACUGAGCCAGAAUGGAGACCCCGAAAGAUGGGGCCCGCCUGUAUACUGUGGAAUGCUUAAGUUAAGAUGUAUCAUGACGCCCCAAAGUAAGGGCCGAUGAUGUCGUUGCUGCCAGUGUGUUUGUGUUGUACCUUCAACCCUGCAUUUGCCUCAAUGCUGCCUUUUCUA